UCAACUUCGAUUUUAAUGAGUGUUUAUCGGCGUUGCGAGACUCCAGGAGCAAUAAAAGAUUCUCUGACAUCAAAACCAGUGAUCCAGUUUCAAGGAAGCCAAGGGCACAUCGCGAUUCCGAGGCCCGAUCGCCCCGAGGAAAUGCGGUCUUUCUCGUUUUAUCUUUCCAAUAUCGGCAAGGACAGCCCGCAGGGCAGUUUUGACUGCAUCCAGCAGUAUGUAUCUAGCGACGGCAAUAUCCAGUUGGAUUGCCUGGGAAGCAUACAGGAUAAGAUCACCGUGUGUGCUACUGACGAUUCCUACCAGAAGGCAAGGCAAAGCAUGGCACAGGCAGAGGAGGAGACUCGCAGCCGGAGCGCUAUCGUCAUUAAACCUGGGGGGAGAUACGUAGGCAAAAAGGUUCAGGUGCGUAAACCUGCUCCAGGAGCUUCCGACGCCGUUCCCUCCAGGAAGCACCCGACGCCGGUCAACCUUGCCAGUGCAAUAAAGAGAGGCAAUAGUGCGAUUUCCCAGAGACCCUUCAAAGACAGGGUUGUGCACUUACUGGCACUAAAGCCUUAUAAGAAACCUGAACUUAUUCUCAGAUUGCAGAAGGACGGACUUGCUCAGCAGGACAAGGAUUUGCUGGACAACCUCCUGCAACAGGUGGCAAAUCUGAGUGCCAAGGACAGCACUUUCACGCUGAAAGAUUGCGUCUACAAAGAAGUGCAGAAGGACUGGCCUGGCUACUCGGAGGGAGACCAGCAGCUGCUGAAGAGGAUACUUGUUCGGAAACUCUGUCAGCCGCAGAACAGCAGUGGCUUUCAGGGAGAAGCGCCUUCCCUGAGCCCGCCCAAGGACAACGUGAACUCCAGCUCUCCUCCGCAGAAACGAUCCCAGCCCCUGGAGUUUAUCGAUCCCCUGGCCAACAAGAAGCCCAGGAUCUCGCACCUGGCUCACAGGGCUCAGCCCAACUUCAACGGGAAGCUCAACUCCGCCAACGGCAAGGACGCCCCCGCCGCGCCGCUGCCGCCGGCGCUCCCGGAGUCGGUGAGCUCCAGCUCCAGCCUGCCCGUGCUGGAGCUGCCCAGGCCUCACGAUCCCCUCGCGGACGUCAGCAACGACCUGGCUCACAACGGCAGAGACUGUGAGACCGCGGAGCAGGCCGACAGACUGACUCACCCCUUGCCGACAGACUGUCCCCAGACGAGCAAGCUCAAUUGCAGCUCGUACCUCAAAAUUAAGAAAAAAUCCAAAAAGCACAAAGACAAGGAAAAGGAGAGGAAGGAGAAGAAGGGCGAAGAGAAGUGCAAAGAGGAGAAGCAGGACUGUGAAGUAAUAAAAAAUGCUGACUUAGUUAGUGUGCCGCAGGAAGUCACAGGUUUAAAUGGAACAUGCAAUAACUCUAGCGUACCAACAUCAACUUCGGAAAUGCCAGAUUAUUUAUUAAAAUACGCAGCCAUUUCCUCUUCGGAGCAGCGUCAGAGUUACAAAAACGACUUCAACGCGGAGUACAACGAGUACAGAGACCUGCACGCUCGGAUAGAGAGGAUAACCCGGCGGUUUACGCAGUUAGACUCCAAGCUGAAGCAACUUUUGCAGGGCUCUGAGGAAUACAAGACCAUCCAUGAUCAAAUAUUACAGGAAUACCGGAAAAUUAAAAAGACUAACCCCAAUUACAGCCAAGAGAAGAACCGCUGCGAAUACCUCCACAACAAACUGGCUCACAUCAAAAAACUGAUAGCAGAGUAUGACCAACAGCAGUUCUAGCUGGCGCUGACCUGGACUGGGUAGGGCAAAAGUCACCUGGACGUUACGUUCCCUUUUAUACAACUAGAUUCCUUUCAGAGACGAGCAUUAAAUUCUUCGUGGUGGAAGAACUUGGGGAUUACUUACAGUGGCGAGUCUCUCGUGUCCGCGCCUGAGCCAGGUAGCGCGCCGGCGCCUGGCACGGUCCUCUCGAGUUGUAGCCUCUCUGAAUGUCGGGAUGUAACAAAGGCAACUCUGCUUGUUUGAAGCCAGCGAUUGACACUUAAGGGAAAAAAAAAAAAAACAACUUGCCUAAAGUGACCGAAGCUCCCAAAGGUUAAGAAUCAGUAGUUUUCAUGGAUUAAAAGUUUGGCAUGAAGUGUAAUUACCCCUGGCCCAGGUCCGUUGGGUUACAAAUUGUCCUUCAAAUGGUGAGGAACUGGAAUGCUGCUAGGUUACCUCCUUCUCUGGCACCUGCGACUGUUCAUAUGCAAGCUGUCUGCUCUCCAUGGCACCGUGUUAAAUACGCCAAGUCCCCAGAGCUCUCGUUGUUCGUUCCUGCUUCUGUCAUCUCCGGUGUGUGCUCUCUUUGAGGUGGUUGUGUCAGUAGGAGGGGAACAGCCCCGGGGGUCUGCACCGGGCACCCCGUGCAGAUGCGGAUCCUUCCUCUCAAAGUCUCGGCCCACGCGUGCGUUGAGAUCCAGCGGGCGUAGACCUGGCAGCACGCGCGGUCUGCCUGCGUUACCCCUCACGUACCAGGGCCGGGAAGACUGAGCCCCAUCCAUCUUUGACUUUUAUAACUUUCUACCAAGGCAGCCAAUUUUCUUAAUUGCUUAAUGAGACUGAGGUCUAUUUUUGUAUAACAAAAAAAAAA